AUGAGUCGGCAUGCUGAGUCUCUAAUUGUGGACACAAAGGCGCGCAAUAAUGACUGGGAAGAAUUUCGUUCUUCGGAGUUUAUCGCGUUCCAGGCUGACAAAGAAAAACCGGCUCUUAAAAAUGACUACCCUGGCCGGAGGCCGGAGGGAGACAUGUUAAUUAGCGUCGAGUCGCCGGAGUUUAAUAUCCGUAGCAGGGGGAGGGAGCCACAGAUGCUGUCUUUAAUGUUCAGAACAGUUUUAUGCGAUGCUUUUACCGUGUUCCAGUUAUAUUUAGAUGAAUCACGUUCGUCAGCUGCUCCCAAACAGAAUUUUGAAUACCUGUGCGAGGCGAGGAGCUGCGAGGAGUGUUUUAGCGUAGAAGGCGAUAUUCAGGAAAAUCCGAUAAACCGGCUUCGUAGUUUAUGGGACAUAUUGGGUCUCAGGAUAUACUUAGCUGCACUAAAAUACGCUCAAGAUUUGAUCGCCUGUGCGCUGUGA